AUGUCCAGCAGUGCCCUGCGAGUCGGGCGCCGCCUCAACCUACAGUGGGGAGGGGGCGGGACUUGGCAGGCCCGCAUCGUCGUCGGUCCGGCCACACGGAAGGAUCUCAGCGACGUCAUGGAGAUCGAGGCGAGCGCCCAGCAGGAGGCCGACGGCAAGAUUUGGUACCUUUUGAGCCCGGACCUCGACGUUUACCCAGUGCUGGUGGACGCCCCGGACCUGCGCGGCUACGAGCUUCUGGACAACGACGGGAGCGUGCUGUUGAGGUCUGGGCUCCGCCGGGGCGCGAGACCGGUGUACGGCUCCGAGUGGGUGCCUACCGCGCUGGAGCUGGUGGACGCGAUGGAGGCGGUGGCCCCGCGGGUCAGGCCCGAGCACAGGAUGUCCAAGAAGGGUCCGCUUCCUCCGACGGGGGCAGCAGUGCAGACACCUACGGACUUGGUGAAUAUAGUGACUGGGAGUGAAAGGCUCCCGGAGGUCAAGCCGCUGCGCUGGUACGUCACGGCGGGGCCCAACAAGUCGGAGAUCGACGGCCUCUUCCCCCACUCCGUGGUGGACGAGUUCGCGCGCUCGGAUGACAUGGCCAUCGCGGUUGUCGGCACCGGCGUGUACACCCUCAGAGCCCUCGACCCGAAGGAGGGCGUCGUGCAGGUCAUCCGAGACGACCGCCUGCUAGCCAUGGCGAAGGACAGCAGCGGGAUCCGCAAGAAGCUGUUCAGGGACGCCGUGCUGGAGGUCACGGAGAGCCCGUGGCCAGGGUGGCCGCUCUUGGGGCCGCGCACCACGGCGUGGUGCGUCCGCUUCAUUGCAGAGCAGGACAGCCACCCCCGGGCCCGCCACACCAAGUGGCUGCACGAGACGGGGCUCACCCAGUCGGACCCGGGGGUGGCUGAUCAUGAAGUCGCCAUGCGGGCCUUCGAGUUCGGUCUCGUGUAUGACCAGGUGAACGUGGGGGAGCUCGUGAGUUUCGAGCUGCUGGCCCGGCGGGCGCAGAUGGCGGAGUGGCGAUACCGCGACCGCCUGGCGCCCCGCCGGGCCGACGAGACCGCGGAGGACGAGCACCUCUACAUGGGCACGGGGGAGACGAGGGGUCUCAUCAUGAUGGCCCCGUUCUUGGUGGAGCACAUCUCGACGGAGCUGCACCGGGAGAGCCAGGUGAUGAAGGAGAAGAGGAAGUUGAGGGAGGAGCGCCAGCUCGCCAAGGGCACUGGCGCCGACGGCGACACGAAGGAGAGCCUUCGCAAGAAGGCGGCCGCGAUACCGGCGGCCGCGGCGCAAAGUGACGACGCCAUGCCCGCGCCCCGGGAGCUGCUGCCCGUGCCGCUCCCGCAGGCGCCCUUCGACAGCAGCGGGCCUUCAAGCUCAUGCUGUCGUGCCGUGCGUUCUCGUCUUCGCCGCCACCGGCACGUCGACGGGUGGAGCAUGGAGGUGCAUCAGGCGCUCAACUGUCUCCACGGACGAGGGGACGCCGAUCCUGGGUGCCCGCCCACUCUAGGGCAAAGUUUUGGUUCUGACCACGUGCGAGCUGCUGUUCAAAGCAUCGGGGCUCCUACGAUCACAGGCGCGGCAGCCUUCAAGGAGCUGUGCGCCAGCAAGCCCGGCUACACAUCGACGCCGGUGAAGCCCGCCGCCUUCCAGCGCGACCUCGUCGCGCUGCCCUCGCCCGGCGCCAAGUGCGAUGGCGCCUGCAUCCUGCAGGGCGAGGCGCUCGACCUUUGGGAGGAUUGGCAGCAGCGGUUGUUGCGGAAGAGCCCAGAUGUCUCCGCCGUGAAGCCGCAUUGCGACGCGAAGCUGAUGCAGAGCAAGUCCAGCUACGCCCACUUCGUGGCUGACUUGUACGACGCCGGGCUGCGGGCGACUCCAUCCCUGGUCGGCCAGACCGCUGCAGCGGUGUAUGUCGACGGAGUCGCAGUGAUUGGCACGCAGAGCGCGCAGACCGUGCAGGACUGUCGUAGCAUUGCCGAAUCCCUCCUCGCAGUGGGCCUGGUCACCAAGGACAUGGAGCUGCCACAGGACGAGCAGCCGUUCACCGGGCUCAUCUUCGAGAAGGGGUCCGGGCGGAUCUCCCUCUCGCGCAGCCGGAUCUGGAGGAUCCGACGGGCCUUCCAGUUUGCCGCCGAGGCCGACAAGCUCACCGGCGUGCAGAUGCGCAUGCUCCUGGGGCACUACACCUGGGCAGCCAUGCUGAGGAGGCCGCUGCUGUCCGUCUUCGCCGCCUGCUACUCCUUCGCGGAGAAGGCCGGGGACAUGGCAUGGCGGCCUUGGGCUACUGUACGUCACGAGCUCAGGCUGGGCGCGGCGCUGGUGGCGAUGGCUUUUGUAGAUUUGCGUCGGCCAGUCGCCGCCACUGCACUGGCUACCGACGCUUCUGGCGGCGCACGGCAGGGCCGCAGCCUGGCCCCAGAUUUGGCGCCGCCAGGGCUCGAGUCGGCCACCGCUGGCGAUCAUGGGGGCUUCGGCGUAGUCAGCCGCGAGGUCCCCCGCUGCGCCGUGGCCGCCGCCCUUCAGCUCAGCGAGAAGUGGAGAUUCAAGACGCUCGACUUUUUAGGGGCCCGGGCAUCAGCGCUCGGCCUCAAGGAGGAGCAGAAGUUUUACGAGAUCGGUAAGAGUAUAUUGGGUUCUCAAGAAGACUGGAAGGUUUGUUUCUAUGGGCGGUUCAACAGGGCCGCCGACAUCGUUAUCCUGGAGGGGGAGGCUCUGGUCAUGGGGGUCCGCCACUUCGUUCGCAACACUGCCAACCAUGGACGUCGCCUGCUGCUGCUAUGCGAUAACAUGGGGCUGGUGCUCGCAUCAGGCAAGGGGAGAUCUUCGGUGCCGUCGCUCAACCUCGUGCUUCGUCGGCUCGCUGCGAUCUCCAUCUUUGCCAAUAUCGAUAUCACAGUACGGUGGAUCCCUUCAGAGUUGAAUCCAGCAGACGCCCCUUCGAGACUCCCAGCAGCCAGGGCUCAGGACGCCCGCCUCGACCUCCGCUCUUUUGGAGGCCGCCCUGCACCAGAGCCCGACGAUGGCUCGCUAUGGCGAGCCGCUGCGGAGGCGCUCGCCGCAGAAGGGCGCCCGCGGCGGCGCGACCCUGGCCUUGCCGGCCUCGGCGACGCUGCGGCGCCCGCAGCGCUGGCAGGGGGCUUCGGGGCCCACCGGGGGGGCAUCGGCACGCAGCCGAGCGACUCCUCGGACAGCGACUCGGAGCCGGAGUCCACGGCCAGCUCGAGUGACGCCAGCCCCAGCGGAGAAAGCUACAGCACGAAGAGCGAGCCGACCGGGACCGCGCUCACGUACCUGCAGGCGCGCAAGAUCAGGGCCUCGUCCAACGUGCACUUCGUGACCUCGUACCGGAACUUCGACAACUGGUGCCAGACGCACGCCGUGCCCGUUCAGACCGCCAACGAGAUCGACAAGGCCAUCAGCGAGUACAUGGACGUGCUCUACUUCGACGGGAUGCCGUCGGACGUCGCAUCGAAGACGAUCGCGGCCGUCCGGCACUUCCGCCCCGCGGCGGUGGGCGAGGCCGAGUUGGCGGCCAGCAGGGCCGCGCUGAAGGGCUUCCGCUUGCUCGCCCCAGCCCGCACGCGCCAGCCGCUGGUCCGCGAGGCGGUCUUCUGCCUGAUAGGGCUGGCGAUGCUGGACGGCGAGUCGGGGUUCGCGGAGGCCCUCAGCUUGGCAUGGGACACAGCCCUCCGCUUGCCCAGCGACCUGAUGCAGUUGCGAAGUCCGCCCCUCGUGCCGCCGCAGCCCCGCAUGGAGAUCUACGUGUGGAGCCUGCUGCUGUGCCCAGAGGAGACCGGCCUGCGCAGCAAAGGGAAGCAGUUCGACGAGGGGGUCCAGCUCACGCCAGCAGGAUCGAAGGCGUUAGGCCCUGCCCUGGCGCGCCUACGGGAACGCCCAGCCCUGGCGCCCCUGUGGGACCUCGACGCCAGGCGAUUCGGCCAGCUCUUCAAGAAGUACGCAGAGAUGAUCAACCUCAGGGACCCGCACCCAUACCGGGUGCGACACGGCUCGGCGAGCUGGGACAUCGCCAGCGGGACGCGGAGCCUCGAGGAGGUGCAGGCCCGCCUUCGGCACGCCAGCGCGACCAGCACCCAGCGGUACAGCCGAGCUGCUCGCUACACCGCGGAGCUGGAGCUGGCGCCCGAGUCGGUCAAGGCCUUCGGCGCCGCGGUGGCGGACCAGUGGGCCUUGACGCUCCAGGGCCGAG